GAAACGGAGGAAGGCGAUAUUUCAUCAGUAUUCACAUUGCAGGAAUCACGGGAAAAGAAAUCUUUGCUCCAGGCGUUCCGCAGAGUUAUCCGCUGGGGUGGCGUGCCCUUGAACAUGAUUAUUGACACGGGAUCGCCGUUUUCUAUCAUUCCGCAGGAGGUGUAUCUAAAGCACCGUCUGAGUUGGCCACGCUUAUCGAAAUACAAACGCACGCUCAACUGUUACUUGGGCAAGCUACCCAUUGUCGGUGAACUGCACCUUGAAGCCAAUUUUGCGGAGAAGACUGUACCUGCCACAGUGAUAGUUACAGGCUGCUCGGGUCCCAGCCUUUGCGGAAGGGACUUAAUCCAAGCGUUCUCGCUUUUGCCGUCGGGGUUUCUCGCUGCGGUUCAAUCGACGUCAGCAGAUCCCGACAGCCUCGGGACCGAGUUUCCUGCCCUUUUUGAGCCAAGACUUGGAAACAUUCAGGGGCCACCUGUGAAAUUCCACAUUCGAGAAGGCGCCCAAUCGAAGUUCCACAAGGCGCGGUCAAUUCGUUAUGCUCUUCGUGAAAAAGUGGAAACUGAGCUGGACCGUUUUGUAGAGCAAGGCAUAUUAUCGCCCAUAGCACAUUCUGAGUGGGCGGCCCCAAUCGUACCAGUACUGAAGAAAGACGGUUCCCUUCGCAUCUGCGGCGAUUUCAAAACCACAAUCAAUGCUGCGUGCAUAACUGAGCAGUACCCUUUACCAAACAUUGAAGACAUUUUCGAGUCACUACGUGGGGAAUCAUUUCUCACAACACUGGACCUUAAGGAUGCAUAUAACCAACUCCCAUUGGAUUAGGAGGCGAGGAAGUUGGCCGUGAUAAACACUCACAAGGGGUUGUUCUGCUAUAACCGUCUUCCGUUUGGAGUUGCCUCGGCUCCCGCGAUUUUUCAGCGGCGCAUGGAAACGGUCCUGGCCGGUCUUCCAGCCGUGCAGGUGUAUUUGGACGCUGUAUUGAUAGCGGAACGUCAAGACGAUAAUGGCUCAGUGCUUCGGGACGUUUUGUGCUGGCUUGAAGAAAAUGGUAUCAAGCUAAAGGCCGAAAAAUGCCAUUUUCGCAAAGACUCAAUCGUCUACCUGGGCCAUCGCAUUGACAAAGACGGCUUGCAUCCGCUUGAAAAGAACCUAGCAGCAAUACGCGACUCGCCACGGCCUACGAAUGUGAGCGAACUGCGCUCUUUCUUGGGUCUGUUGACUUAUCAUCAUCGGUUCUUGCCACACAUGUCAACGAUGCUGGCACCGUUGUAUCUUUUGCUUGAAAAAGAGCAUAAAUGGCACUGGGAAACGGCGCAGGAAAAUUCAUAUCUCAAGGCUAAACAAACACUUCUGAGUUCGCCUGUUGUGACGUAUUUCGUAUUGUUUACAGAGACCCUUGACAGCUCGUUCGUGCCAGCGGAUGCCAUACGGGCGCUGACGAACGGAGAUGAAAACCUUAGCGUUGUGCAGCACUUUGUACUGAAUGGAUGGCCUAAACGCUUGUCACCGUGUCACAAUCACCUUCAACCUUAUUUUCGCAGAAGACUGGAGCUGUCAAGCGUAGAAGGCCUGCUCUACUGGGGUCAUCGCAUCGUCGUACCCCGAAAAGCGCGAGUCUCCAUGCUCGCUGAGCUACAUCGGUCACACCAGGGUGCAUCUGCGAUGAAAAGACUGGCUCGGACGCUGUUCCGGUGGCCUGGGUUGGAUGGUGAGAUCGAAAGCCUCGCACGUUCGUGCAUCUCAUGUGUACAAGCUCAGCCAAUGCCCCAUCGACAGGUUCCUAUCUGUUGGCCAGAAACGGGAACCAAAUGGUCAAGGCUUCACAUUGAUUACGCCGGACCGAUAGAGGGACGCAUGCUGUUGAUAGUCGUCGACUCGCAUACUAAAUGGAUUGAGGCAAUUCCCGUCAAGUCGGCGACCACAGAAGUCACAAUUGCGCGGCUUCGAGAAUCGUUUGCGCGUUUUGGCUUGCCGCAAACAGUUGUAUCAGGUAACGGGCCUCAGUUUGCAAGUCAGCAGUUUUCCCAGUUCAUGACUGUCCACAACAUAACCCAUCUACGUAGUGCGCCGUACCACCCACAAUCUAAUGGUCUCGCAGAGCAUGCGGUCCGCGCAAUAAAGGAUGGCCUUCUUAAGCACUCGAUGGUAAACAAUCUCGAAACAAAACUAGCGCGAGCGCUCCUAGGCUAUCGACGUACCCCACUGCCGUGCGGCAAGUCUCCUUCAGAGAUGCUGCUGAACUGCCAAAUUCGUUCGCGCUUGGAUACUUGCGUUCCUUCUCUACCUCAAAGUUACUCGCAGCCUCCCAGAUUCCAGUCCGGCGACCAGGUGUGGGUGCGCAACUUUGGCCAAGGGGAGCGUUGGCGUCCAGGCAUCGUCAAGAGCAUAGAGGGUUCACGCCUUGUAACAGUUGACACUCCAGAUGGCCUAGCCAGACGUCACUUCGACCAAAUUUUCCGUCGCGUGCCUGUGUCACGCGGGACACCAAAAGCGGAGGCGUCCGACUCGCUUCAACCCAGCCCGGACAACAAGCAUUGGCCCACGUCAACGCCAGAAGCCUGGUGCAGCCUGGCCACUCCAGAAGCAAGUGGCGCUGCGCCUGUUCCUUCGACAACACCUCCAACGUCCGUCCCAGCCGAACAGGCUCUCUCUCCCCCAAGUCCCCCGGUCUUACGGAGGUCUACCCGACAACGAAGACCCGUGCAAAGACUGCAGUUUUAAAGAAAGGGAGAAGUGAUAUGAAGUGCUGUGCCACACGUGUCAAACAUGAUUCGUUCUUUUUAUGUCACGUCAUAGGCAAGCAGCCUAUAUAUCUAGUUCGCUGUCGCUGAAAUAAAACAGUGCGGUACGUGC